AAAGUCAAGAAUGGUUCAGAAAGAAAGCUCGAUCAAUCAUUGCUACAAUGACGGAUCUACAACCCCAGGCUAAACAGAAGACUUCUGAAGAUACUUCAGUGUUAGUGGAUGAGAUUCUUCACAGCAUCUUCUUUUUGGGAAAUAUCCAAAAACCAGGAAUGACCCCAGAAAGUAUUCUGAACGAUACAGACCUAUUCGAGGCGUUGAAAUCUCGCUACCCUCGGCCAUUUGAACUCUAUUCCUGCCAACUGCCCAGGAGGAGUCCAUUUUCAUGUGUGCUUGACAUGAUGGUCCACGUAGUUGGACAAGAGAAGGAAGAGGAAAUAAGAAGCAGACUGCAGAAGUUCAUCACUGAUUUGGAGAAAGAUGUUCCAUCAAAGGAUUUAACUAGAAAAGAAAAGAAAAAUCUAAAGAAUUUAAUUUCCACUGUCAUCUGCAUCUCUAAAAAAAAAUCCAACAAUUCAGUCAGGUACUAUGGAGUCUCCAUGUCCACUUCUGGUUGUAAUGCAGGGCAAAUCAUGAUUGCUGCCUCAUGCCUUGGUGCCUGGGAUGAUUAUGUAGCUGGAGCAGUGAUGACCUACUAUCCAAAUAAGUCCAAGAAGGAAUACUUUGAUGGAACCAUCCACAUACCUAACUAUGUCAGGUGUCAGGCCUUUAACCUCAGAAAAGGAGGAGAAAUGCCUCCUUGCAGAUCAUGUGGUAACAUGUUUGGCUUGAACACAGAUGAAACAGAUGAGUCAGACUAUGGCAACUGUGCUGAAGCUGAGAGUCUGAGCAACUUACUGAAAAUUGAAAAUAAAAUUAAACAGGAUUCACGACCAAAAUCUAUCAAAUGUACAGCUGACAACAGAGAGAGAGCCAAAAGAGAUGCUGAUCGGGCACUUAAGAAUGUGUUAAGCAGGAUCGAGUUUAAUACAUGGAAUGGUACAUUCUACACCCCUGAAAGUAAGAAGACAGCUUAAAAAGGGAUUUAUUGGAUACUGAAAUCUGAUAAGUUUAUUAAAAUAUUACAGUAACAGUGUGUGAAAAUGCAGUCCCCUCAAAAGUACAAUCUCUGACAAUCACAUGAUUUUCUACGAUGACAAAAUAUAGUUGAAAAGCUCACAGUUAAUUCAUUUAACUCUGAGAAUUGUUAGCUGCCAUAUCUAUCAAAAGAAAUGAUAUUUCACAUUUUUUAAACGUCACAAAACUCGAUUUUGAAUCAUUCACAAAGUGCCUCUUAAGUUUAAAAAAAAACUAAACAAAAACACAACCCUGCAUCACUUCAUGUUUCACGAGUUUAUUUUCAGUCUCAAGUUUAAUCUAUAACUUCCAGAUCUAUUUGUGAUGCCUUUGUGUGUUCUUUUCUUUGUUUUUAUCUGCAUUAAGGUUGUCACUGAUGCUGAUCAUGAUAAUCCUAAAUGCCUCAGUAGAACACAACUAUAGAGGUGGCAGAAAAAGUUUGAUAAUUUACUUCAGCAAAAAUGGCAAAAUAGCAAUGUAAAAAUACUUCAUUACAAGUAGAAGUACUGCCUGGAAAAUCUUACUGAAGGAAAAGUCCAUAAAUAUUUGCAGCAAAAUAUGGUUAAAAUGUUAAAGUACUGCUAUGGCAUAUACAGUACAGAUUUUUACUGAUAUAUUAUCAUAAAUUUCAUAAUUAAUAUUGAAUUAAUAUUGAAGCAUCAGUGUGUCAGCAGCAUGUUACUGUUGCAGCUGCUGCAGGUUUGAACUACUUCUUAUCCAGUUUGAUAUUCAGGGACAGCAGAUAAAUCAUCACAUAAUUAAUGAGAGAAGAAAGAAGAAAAAAACAACUAUAUCUGAAAUAAAUACUGAAGCAGAACUGUCCUCAUAAGUUCUUUAUUGUGAGCCUUCCCAAAGUGAUGUUUGGUUCAGGUUUCCAUCACAAACAUUUCUUUUGUUCCUGCCAUUCUGUCAGCAAUGUGUGUGUUUUUGUAAAUCACUGAAUGCUCUGAUGUCUUUUUCUACCAUGAUUUUCUUAAUCUCAGAUUUAACACAUUUAUCUAUGUGACUGCUUUACCAUUACAUGAGUGUGUAAAAUACAGAAAAACUUUAUGUAGUUUAUGAAACUGUAUUUCUCUCCCUAACAAAGACAAAAACAUGAUUUAAUUUUUUUAAUUGUUACAUGUUGAAGCUCUAUUUUCUGUACACUCAGCAUGUUCUGUUUUCUCCUUGUGUCUUUUCUUCUUUUUAAAAAACUGUCAACAUAAAUAAAAAUCACUCUGUCGAUCAUCUGUA